AUGAAGUUCACUACCUUGUUGUCGGCCGUUUUCUUGGCCAUUGGAGGUUUCCUCUUCGGCUAUGACAGUGGUAUCAUCACUUCUACUAUUGGCCAGCCCGAGUUCAUCACGUACUUCUCCAACCCCAAUGACACCACUACUGGUGGUGUUGUCUCUGCAUUCCAAGGAGGCGCAAUUUUGGGAACUAUUAUCAACGUCUUCACUGGUGAUCGCCUGGGCCGAAAGCUCAGCGUCUUUGCUGGAGCAUGUGUCUCGGUCUUCGGAUGUGCUCUCCAGGCCGGUGCGGUCAACAUGGUGAUGCUCAUCAUUGGACGAUUCAUUGCCGGUGUUGCCGUGGGCAUGCUCACUUCCGUUGUCCCAAUGUAUGCCGGCGAAAUGGCUGAGGCCUCUUCCCGUGGUAUGAUGUCUGGUCUGCUGCAGUGGAUGUUGAGUUGGGGAUAUCUCGUGGCCCAGUGGCUAGGAUACGGAUGCUCCUUCAUUGAAACCGCCUUCCAAUGGCGAUUUCCUCUGGCGUUCCAGUGCAUUCCAGGUAUCAUCCUUGCCUGUGGCGUGUGGUUCCUGAACGAGUCUCCUCGCUGGUUGAUGGAGAAGGACCGUCAUGACGAAGCCCUAUCGACCCUCCAGAGGCUCCACGGUGACGGAACUCCUGAGAAAGAUCAAUACAUUGAGCUUGAGUUCCAGGAAAUCCGUGAUACCAUCGAGGCGGAGCGUGCAUCCACCAAGAUCAACUGGUCCUCGAUUCUGACCAAGCCCAGUUGGCGCCGUCGUCUAAUUCUGGGCUGUGCUGUUCAAGCAUUUGGCCCUCUCAGUGGAAUCAACGUGAUCAACUACUACGGUACGCGUAUUUAUGCGUCGUUGGGCUUCGAUACACACACUACUCUCAUGAUCAUCGGUAUCUCCGGCGCCUUGUCCAUCGUCUACUGCACCGGUGGUCUGUGGGCUCUGGAACGGGUCGGGCGAAUCAAGCCUCUCAUUAUUGGCUCUGCCGGCAUGGGUCUAGCACUAGUUUGCAAUGCUGCCAUGUCCCAGCACUAUGACGAGAGCAACAACAACCAACUCCGUGCCAUGGUCGCCAUGAACUUUGUCUUCAGCUUCUUCUACACCUUCAUCGGCAUCAUCUCUUGGGUUUACCCCGCGGAGAUCUUCCCUGUGGAUAUUCGCAACCAGGGUAACUCCCUCACGACAUUCACCAACUGGACCAUCAACCUUGUGUUCGCUCAGUUCUCCCCCACAGCUCUGACCAACAUUGGCUUCCGGUACUUCUAUGUCUUCUUCGUGUUUAACAUCAUUGCAAUGAUCUGUUACUUCUUCUUCUUCCCGGAGACCAAGGGCAAGACCCUUGAGCAGAUGGAUUUGCUUUUCGGAGAUAGCAAUGUGCCUCCUACUAGUGUGGAGAAGCAGGAGGCUACCCUUGUGGAGCAUGUGCAGUAA